AUGGCGGAGGUGAAGACGGAUUUGGCGGAGGUCAAGUCGGACUUGAGUGAAAUGAAAUUCAUGCUUCAACGAUUGUGCCAGGUUUCGUAUCCCGACGAAACAAGGACGGAGUGUAAGCGGACGGAAACUAAACCAUUCAGUCCAGAGGACACGCGUCGGCGGAAGAAGAAGCAAAAGAUGGUGGAUGUGGAUCUCGUACCUGCCAGCCAGGACCCUGGGAAUGACAAAAUAAUGCGGCCGUCUACAACUUGGAAUGUGCAGAGCGGAUAUUCCAGGAAAUUCUUCAUUAACAUCCUCAAUCCUAAGGAGAAGGUCGAAGACCCGGAAGCUGUUGCCAUUACAUAUUUCAUUAUGAGGAAGCUCGGUAGUCGGCCACACCUGUGCGUUCAUAAAUUUUCUAUCCUGGACCCAUUACAAAUGCAAGUUAUUGCCGCUGCAGCUGGUCCCUACGCACGAAUCAAGGGGAAGGUCAUCUAGGACACGAUCAAUGCUUGGGACGAGUAUAAGGAGUGCAUGGAUGCCGUGCUGGGUCAGGUGGAAGAUUUCAUUCCAGCCUGAAUGGACGUCGACGUAGUGUACAACCCACUCUAUAUCAGGGAUCACUGGGUCCUGGUUGCGAUAGAUAUGACCCAGUCCGAGAUUUUUGUGUACAACUCAUUGCCAGGCCACAUUUCUACGUCGAAGUUGAUGACAGACCUGCGGCCGUUGAGUCAUACAAUCCCAUCGCUUUUGUACGCAUGUGGGCUGAUGGAUACGACCGAUUGCAAGCUGAGGAAGACUCUGUGGUGUGUAUACCGUCCUACGACCGACACGAGGCAGAAAGGUAGUAUAGACUGUGGUAUUUUUGCAUGUAAAUUUUUGGAAUAUCUUGUGUCGGGUAAUACUUUAGAAACUCUUGUUCAGUCUGAAGUGUCGCACAUUAGAAGGCAG